CAAAAAAGAUGUCUUCAAAAUUAUUGUUAAUUUCUUAUAAAUAUGAGGGGUACGUUCGUAAAGUUGCAUGCAUUUUUUUUUUAUUAAAUCCACAACGUCCCUUCACUCGAGAUCACCUCUCUCUCUUCGAAUAAUAAUAGUUAAAAAGAAAAAAAAAGUGAAAGAGAGAAAGCAACUUUUAAUCUGAUUUUGUGAGGGGAGGAUAAUCAUCACAUUGGAGUGAGACCCAUCAGAGCAGAAACAGUCAGAAUUUUCAAUAAUUGUACCAUUCUUCUCAAAUCCACAUCUCCUUCACUUCAGAUAUUUAUUCUACACAUCAAUAAUCUCUCUGAAAUCUGCGUUACUUGUGUCUUCUCCUUGGCUUAAGCUUGCCUUUGUCUCUCUGUACUCGCUCUCCAUGGAAGCUACUGAGUUAUGAUCCUUACUCCCACCGGAUCUGAGGGUCUGAGAAACAAGCCAAGAGCAGCAGCAGCAGCAGCAGCGGUAUCUCCAAUGGCUGAUCAAACCCAAACUUCAACAGCUAACACCUACCACUCUUCAAAAUCUCUCUUUACCUCUCCAAAGUUUAGGUUUUUCUCUCCAAAGAUCACUUCUUUUGACUCUGAUUUCUCCCUCGCCAGCCCAACUUCGAUCCUGGAAGCUAACCCAUCAAUCUUCUCCUCCAAAAACCCUAAGACCAUAUCCUAUCUCGAGCCCACGACCUCUAAACCCAAAAGGUUUCACCCACCAGACGCGUUUGGCCUCGCCGAUCUCGUUAGUAGCAUUAACAGAGACCGCUCGAGAAAUCCUGUGAACAAGAUGGUCCUUUUCGGGUCAAAGCUCAGGGUCCAGAUCCCAUCAGCCGAUUUUGGGACUAAAACCGGCAUGAGAUACCCUGCUCAUGGACAGGGACAGCACAGCCCCUGCCUCCAACCAAAGGCCUUAGCCGUGAGCGAGAUUGACCAGACGGAGGACUACACGCGCGUCACAUCUCACGGUCCGAACCCAACCGUCACACAUAUCUUCGACAACUCUGUUUUCGUUGAGGCGACUCCUUGCUCUGUUACUGUGCCACUACUAGUACCCGUGGAGACCAAGCAAAAGGACAUUCAUUUUCUGAGCUAUUGCUACACCUGCAACAAGAAUCUUGACCACAAACAGGACAUCUAUAUAUACAGAGGAGAGAAAGGGUUUUGCAGCAGCGAGUGCAGGUACCAAGAGAUGCUUCUUGAUCAAAUGGAGAGCUAGCACCUCCUUUUCCUCCGUCUCUUUUGUAUUAUUAUUUCCUUGGUUUUGUUAGUUCUCUGAUCCUCCCUCUGCUUAUGUUUUUUUUUCUUUUUCUUUUUUGUAUCUCCCAUAUAGUUUGUAGAAUAUAAAGUCUGAAUUAAUCUUUACAGUAACUCGCUCUAUGCUUCUUAAAAGGCAAAAUGAUAUUGCUAUAGAGAGGCCCAUUUGCUUUUUCUUUUUAUUUGAUUUCAGUUUACCUCAAAUUUUCGAACAAAAGUAUAAAUCGAAAUUUUAUUUCAUCCUGUGAAAUGUUGUUCUGCAUAAAGUAUGGAC